AUGUCGUUCUCCCAGAAAGAAUUCACCACUCCACCACUACACCCAGCAGUUGGCACGCCCCCGGGCUCCAAGUCCGCAUUGCCAUGGUACUCGAUCGCACCAGGUGUAUGGGAAUUUCUACUGAACGGCAAUACGCAAGAGAAAGCUGUCUUGCAAUGGUGGGAGCCCAAUGCCAUCUCACAACAGUCUGAGCAAAUAACACACACCUAUGUCGAAGAGGUGUGCACGCUGCGCGGCGGAUUGGAGGAUCUGUCGCUUGGGCAGUCAUGGGGCAUCGGUGCCUAUGCCUACAGACAUCCUGGAAUGAAGCAUGGACCCUACAGGGCUACCAACGAGGGGUGCUUGCAGUUUGUGAAGAUCAUACCGGAGUAG